AUGGAUAUUAAUUAUGGGACUAAAACAAAAGCGGCAUUUUCAGUUUCGGUUGCUCAACACAUCAAGAUGUCGCGCGCAGAUGUUGGUGAGUGGUUAGCUCUGCACGAAAGUGUUGUGAAAAUCAAAAGUGGGUUAGAUCCAAAAUCUGGAUUGGAGGAAUCAGAUGAAAAGCCCUUCACCAGGGCAGAGAUAUCGUACAUCAAUAAGCUUCUGAACUCUAACUUAUUUGAGACACGUGAAGCAGAUUUUGAAUUGCUACGAUCUGAUCCAAAUCAUCCUUUACACUCAGCUCGCACAUUCCAAGAGUUGAACUUGAAAGAUCCACUUCUCAGGGGUAUCUCAGAACUGGGCUUUUACAGGCCAUCCACUAUCCAAGAACGAGCUCUGGGUAGUUUAAUAUCUGACAACCCACAAAAUAUGAUAGCUCAAUCUCAAUCUGGAACCGGGAAAACAGCAACAUUUCUGCUUGCAAUGCUAUCACGCGUCAACGCAGAUGUUCCUUACUGCCAGUGUCUCUGUAUGGCUCCUACACGUGAACUUGCCCUACAGAUAGAUUCAGUUGGUCAAAAGAUGGCACAAUUUAUGUCUGGAGUAUCAUUUGCUACAGCUGUUCGUUCUCCACGAGCCAAUAUUAAUUCUGAUGGAUUUGUCAGGGAUCAAAUUGUUAUUGGUACACCGGGUACAAUUGCAAAUUGGUUUCGUGGUACAGGACAAUAUCGUAUUGAUCCUACUAAAAUAGUCAUGUUUGUAUUAGACGAAGCUGAUAUUAUGAUUGAAGAAGAAGGCUUCCUGAAUAUUUGUAUGCGAGUUAAAACAAAAUUGCCCAAAAAUUGUCAAAUCUUGUUAUUCUCAGCCACUUAUGAAGAUUCUGUCAUUGAAUUCGCGCAUGACUUUGUCCCGAAUCCAAUAGAAUUUCGUAUAAAGCGUAGUCAACUCCCGUUGAAGAAUAUUAAACAAUUCUAUAUGUGUUUUAAUGAUUGGAUUGAAAAGUAUCAGGCAUUGAAAGAUAUUUAUGGUGGAUUUGCAGUUGGUCAAGCUAUUAUAUUUUGUGCUACACGUAAAGAGGCGUAUUGGUUAGAUGGCAAAAUGAAUUUAGAUGGGCAUAAGGUGUUCAUCCUUUCUGGUGAUUUGGAUGUUUCAGAUCGUGAAAAAGUGAUCGAAGAUUUUCGUUCAUCACGUUUUAGAGUUUUAAUUACUACUAAUAUCUGUUCAAGAGGUUUGGAUAUUCCACAGGUGAAUUUGAUUAUUAACUGGAAUAUGCCGACAACAAGGAGUGGUAAUGCUGACUGGGAGACGUAUUUACACCGUAUCGGUAGAUCAGGUCGAUUUGGCAAAGAAGGUGUAGCAGUCAAUUUUAUAACAAGUGAUGAAAUGUAUCUGAUAAAAGAAUUAGAAUCACAAUUUGAAAUAGAAAUUCCAGCUUUGACAUCUGAAGAUUUAAACAAAUUUUGA